AUGGCUUUUGUCUGGAUGGUCAUCACAAAAUCAGACGGACAUACUCUGAACAGCCUCAUUUUAGCAGCUGACUACCUUGAUAAUUCUGCUGUCGUAACCGAUAGGGAUGAGUUAACAAUAUCACUGAAGCGUUUUUGUAAAAGUGAGAGCGUUGACAUUGACUCCUUUGACUCAGAGAACUCACCCGAGGAACAAGAUUUUGUGCGAAAUAUUCGAUUCACUGGAACACGCUACGAAGUUGGUCUGCCGUGGAAAAAUGAUCAUGUGCAAAUUGAUGACGAUUACGAACUCUGUCAUAAUAGAUUGCGAUCAUUGCAUCAAAAACUGCUAAAGGAUCCACAAAAUCUUGAAGAAUAUAUUAAUGGUAUUACUGAACAAUUGGUAGCUGGAAUAGUCGAAAGGGUUCCUGCAUCUGAUAAGGACUGUGGUAAAAUUCACUAUCUUCCCCAUCAUUGUGUCAUACGAAAGGAUAAGGUUACUACGAAGCUACGCGUUGUAUAUGAUGGAUCUGCUACGACGAACUUGCGCAACUUUUCACUAAACGAUUGCUUACUGACCGGGCCGAACCUCAUUCCACAAAUCUUUGAUUUGCUCGUCAAAUUUCCACAAAACAAGAUUGGGCUGGGUGGUGACAUUGAAAAAGCAUUCUUAAUGAUUGGAAUUGACAAGGAAGAUAGAGACAUGCUUCGUUUUUUGUGGCUAAGGGAUGCUAGGGAUCCUCAUUCAGAAGUAUUAAAGCUAAGGUUUUGUCGAUUGGUUUUUGGUCUACGACCUUCGCCAGCAAUUCUAGGAGCUACUAUCAACCAUCAUUUGAAGACACACGAGAAGCAGGAGCCAGAAACUGUUGAACACUUGAAAAAUUCUCUAUAUGUUAAUGAUUUUGUGUCCGGUGCUGAAACCGAUGAAACCGCUUUGCAAAUAUACAAGGGAACAAAGCAGUUGAUGGCCAAGGGUGGAUUCAACUGGCGAAAAUGGAUCUCGAAUUCCAGUAACGUAGUGAAGUCUAUCGAAGCGUUAGAUGGUAACAAGAAUUUGAGCUUGAUUAGUGACAAGUCAAGUGUUAUUCAAGAUGAUCAGUCCUUUACAAAGUCGGCAAUUGCAAAAGAGUCACUGCUCACGGAACCCACUCAAGUCAAAGUACUAGGAAUGGUGUGUGAUACGGUGGAGGACACAUUUUUGUUCAAUUUGACUGAAAUAAUCGAGUACGCCAAUUCAUUACCUGUCACAAAGUGA